CAGGCGCUUUUUAGAAUGCAUGUUAAUUUGUUGCCCCAUGUUUACAUAGCAAUUUGCUACACCGUGUUUACCGUAUUUGUUACAAAGUUGCAAUAACCAUACUCAUCUGGCAUUCAGUAUGCAUUGUGAAGUGCAGUAAAUAUUUAGAAAAACAAAAAACCUCCAGCUUCUAGAUUGUGUGUGGUUCAGUAUCAGUGAAUCAACGUCUCACGAUAGGAGUGUUCUUAUCUUAUCGUGAUACUUCACUGUUAUUAAUACAUAGUUGUUAGUCUUCUAGGCAAAUCUAAGCGCCUAGCAAUUGCUCGUUUUGGCACUAGCUCAGUUAAGUUUCAACCUCCGCGUGUGAUCGAUGUUCCAUUCAGAAAGUUAAAUUAGUUUGAUUAUUAUCGUGAGCUAUGUCGUCUGCUAUAAAUCGGGUCCUCUCUAUACAGAGCCAUGUAGUGCAUGGAUAUGUUGGUAAUAAAAGUGCCGUCUUCCCAUUACAGGUUCUUGGCUUCGAAGUCGACAACAUCAAUUCGGUGCAGUUCUCCAACCACACGGGCUACACCAAUGGAUUUAAGGGACAAGUGCUCAAUGAAAAGGAACUUGCGGAAGUAUUCGCCGGUUUAGUGGCCAACGAUCUGCACAAACAGUACACCCAUCUUUUGACUGGGUAUGUCGGGAAUCCAACUUUCCUGCGAGAGAUCGCCAACAUCGUGAAAACUCUGCGCUCCGUCAAUCCAGGAUUAAUCUACGUAUGCGAUCCAGUAAUGGGCGAUGAUGGCGUUAUGUACGUACCCAAAGAACUGCUUCCAAUAUAUCGCGAUGAAAUAGUUCCGUUGGCAGAUAUUGUGACUCCAAACCAGUUUGAAGUCGAACUGCUAACCGGAAAAACCAUCAGCACUGAACAGGAUGCAUGGGAUGCUAUUGAUUGGUUCCACAGCAAGGGUGUAAGAACGGUGGCCAUUUCCUCGUCUGAGCUUGGUGGCUCGAAUGCUUUGCUGGCACUCGUUAGUCAUAAUAAUGAUAUCGAUUAUCAGCGGUACCGAAUGGUAAUUCCGAAGCAGGGUAAUGGAAUCCGCUUCACAGGGACGGGCGAUCUGUUCGCUUCCCUUUUUUUGGCCCAUUCAACCUUGACCAAAUGUGAUAUGUCCACCACCCUAGAGCGAACAAUCGCCACUUUACAAGCAGUCAUCUCCAAAACGCUAACGUACAUUCCAGACGAUGUAAAGGCUGGAAAGGUGACCGUCACUUCCGCACAACGUGAGCUGAAAAUUAUUCAAAGUAAAGGAGAUAUAGAGCAACCGAAAAUUUUGGUUCACUGUUCUAAAGUUUGAAAACAAAUGAUAUAAAUAUUUUGUUUUUAUGAUAAGACAAUAAAAGGUGUACCCAGUUGCAGCAAUAUAAAUUAAGCGGAUUAGAAGCAGAGGGCGUGGGUGACAUUUCAGUUGAUGAUUUAAGUUGAUAAUAACGAAAAAUACUUUAGCUAAGGCUAUGUGGCAAUAUGUUUAUAUCGUUUGUACGUUAUUCAUAAUAAAUAUGAAAAUUCACAAAACAUCAGUAUUUUUACGAGAUUUUUUAACUUCUAUACAAUUUGUAUAAAACAGACGAAUAUUGAUUUUUUUUGUCACUUACACCCCUCAAUUAUAGACAAAUUUAUCUAUACAUAAAUAUAUUGAAUGUAAUGAAA